UGCUGCUGGAGUUGAGACAAAGAAGAAGAAGCAGCAGCAGCGGGGACAGCCAGGUCCUGUGAAACACCAGGAAACAGCACCAGUCACCUCCCAGUAACCUCCCAGUCCGGACUGGAAACUGCUCCUCCGCCAGCAUCUCUCUUUGUUAAAGCAGCAGCUCGUCUCCGUCCUGCUCCUCCGCUGCAGCUGCACUGAGCUAGCUUAGCCUGUUAGCUUAGCGGGGCACCGUGUGUGUGAGUCUGUGUGUGUGUGUGUGUGUGUGUCUGUGUGUGUGCGCGCGUGUGCGCGUGCAGGACUUCAGCUCCAGACCAGAACACACUGACCCGGAGCUGCAGCAGAACCGACCCGGACUUCACUGCGCUGCACGCGGAGUUUGAAGUGAAAUCGCGCUGCAGAAGCCGGAAGUGUGGAUGAGCUGUGCUGCUAGCAUCGUGCUAGCUGCACCGCUUCAUUGUGCCGCUCGAGGGGGGGGAAGUGUCCGGGUGUCGGAGCUCUGCUCCGGCAGCUGAUCGGUCUCUCAUCGUGGUGAAAAGGCACCGACAUGAUUCCAGACAAAGCCCCGAAGGAGGACGUCUUCCACGGGUCCGAGGACCUGAAGAAGGAGGCGCACGUCUCCAGCUUCGACCGGUACAAGGAGCUGUACGCGAGCUCCAUCGAGCGGCCCGACGAGUUCUGGGGAGACAUCGCCAAAGACUUCUUCUGGAAGACCAAGCACACGGGUCCGUUCCUCGAGUACAACUUCGACGUGACCAAAGGAGAGAUCUUUGUGAAGUGUAUGGAAGGAGCCUCGACCAACAUCAGCUACAACCUGCUGGACCGCAACGUGCACGAGAGGAAGCUGGGCGACAGAGUGGCCUUCUACUGGGAAGGGAACGAGCCGGGGGAUGAGCUGACGGUGACGUACAGGGAGCUGCUGCAGAGCGUCUGCCGCUUCGCCAACGUCCUGAAGUCUCAGGGCGUGAAGAAGGGCGACCGUGUGUCCAUCUACAUGCCCAUGGUGGUGGAGCUGGUGGUGGCCAUGUUGGCCUGUGUCCGGAUCGGAGCCGUCCACUCCAUCGUGUUCGCAGGUUUCUCUGCUGAGUCUCUGUGUGAGAGGAUCAUGGACUCUGAGUGUUCACUGCUCAUCACCGCAGACGGGUUCUAUCGAGGAGACAAGCUGAUCAACCUGAAGGUCUUAGCUGACGAAGCACUGCAGAAGUGCAGAGACAAGGGUUUCCUGUUGGACAAGUGUAUCAUGCUGAGACACUUGUCCAAAGAGGCAGAGGACACGUCUCAGUCUCCUCCGGCCAAACGAGCCUGUCCUGAUCUGCAGCAGGAGAAACAGACAGGGAGAAUAAAGAAAGCACAUCCUGUUCCGCAGGUCCCGUGGAACCCGGACGUGGACCUGUGUUGGCUCAGUCUGACCCGAGGAGCUUCAGACGAGUGUGAACCCGAGUGGUGCGAGUCUGAAGAUCCGCUGUUCAUCCUGUACACGAGCGGCUCCACCGGCAAACCCAAGGGAGUUCUUCACACAGUCGCCGGCUACAUGCUCUACACCGCCACCACCUUCAAACUGGUGUUCGACCACCAGCCCGAUGAUGUUUACUGGUGCACGGCAGACAUCGGCUGGAUCACCGGACACUCCUACAUCACCUACGGCCCUCUGGCCAACGGCGCCACCAGUGUGCUGUUCGAGGGCCUGCCCACCUACCCGGACGUGAGCCGCAUGUGGGAGAUUGUGGACAAAUAUCAUGUGAGCAAGUUCUACACGGCUCCGACCGCCAUCCGGCUGCUGAUGAAGUACGGCAGCGAGCCGGUGAAGAAGUUCAAGCGAGACUCCCUGAAGGUCUUGGGGACGGUGGGGGAGCCCAUCAACCCGGAGGCCUGGCACUGGUACUACAACGUGGUGGGAGAGAGGAGGUGUCCCAUCGUCGACACCUUCUGGCAAACAGAAACUGGCGGACACGUGUUGACUCCUCUUCCUGCAGCAACACCCAUGAAGCCUGGAUCUGCUACGUUCCCGUUCUUCGGAGUGGUGCCGGCCAUCUUGAAUGAGUCCGGAGAGGAGCUGGAGGGGCCGGGCGAAGGAUACCUGGUGUUCAAGCAGCCGUGGCCCGGAGUGAUGAGGACGGUGUUUGGAAACCACCAGAGGUUUGAAACCGUUUACUUCAAGAAGUUCCCAGGAUACUACGUCACUGGAGACGGUUGCCGUCGAGACCAGGACGGGUACUACUGGAUCACUGGGAGGAUCGAUGACAUGCUGAACGUCUCAGGUCACCUGCUGAGCACAGCGGAGGUGGAGUCGGCGCUGGUGGAGCACGAGGCCGUGGCCGAGGCGGCGGUGGUGGGUCGACCUCAUCCUGUGAAAGGAGAGAGUCUCUACUGCUUCGUGACGCUCAACGACGGACUGACGCUCAGCCGCUCGCUGGAGGCAGAACUCAAACAACAAGUCAGGGAGAAGAUCGGCGCCAUCGCCACACCGGACUUCAUCCAGAACGCCCCGGGACUCCCCAAGACCCGAUCAGGUAAGAUCAUGAGACGGGUGCUCCGCAAAAUCGCCUGUGACGAGCGGGACCUGGGGGACGUCUCCACGCUGGCCGACUCCUCCGUGGUCGAGCAGCUCUUCACCAACAGAUGUGGAGCCGGCGUGUGACGGCCUCAGGAUCCUCGCUGGGACGGCGGCUACACAACGACAGACACACACUGAACAAAGGACGGAGAAGAAGCAGAGGAGGAGGAGGAGGACAGGACAGGAGGGGGAGGAGGAGGAGGAGGAGCUCUCUGAACUCGGUCUUGACUUGAUAACAACCUCUAGCUCCUGCUCAGCACGUGGUCAACAUGACGUCAUCGUGUAUUUCACAUCACAACAGAUGUCAGCAUCUGGAUGAACAGGUUGAUGAACUGUGUCCAGAACAUGAUGAUGAUGAUAUAAACAUCCAGUGAGGGGGAGGAGCUAGAGGUCGUUAGUGCAUGAGACCGUCCUGCAGCUGGAGGCGGAGUCUUGUUUUAUCCUCGUGUUUUAGCCAAUUAAUACGCAGCCAUAUGUAAACGUGUAACUCUCAGUCAAAGCGUAGAUCCAGGGCUCGUCCCACGUGGUGAAGACGAGUUUCUAGAGCGGAAUCCGACCCCCCCCCCCCCCCCCCCCGGUCCUGUUCUUCACACGGAGGAUUUGCUUCAUUUGAAAUCGCUUCAUUUUAAUUCAUAUUGUAAUUUUUUAAGGUAGAUUUGUUUCCUCUUGUGUUUGACUGAGGAUCUUUUGUGCUUGUGCGUCUGCACCUUCGUCGCCUUCGUUUUCUUCUUCAGUAUUUUUAAUUGUGUUUGAGGAUCUGGUGGAAACAGCAGAGAGUCCAGCUCCUCGCGGCUCCGGAGACAAACGAUAUGAGUCCUUCACAUUGAGCCUGAAUCAAAGGGAACAUUUGAAUAUUUAAGAUCCUUUUUAUUAAAGAAUCAUGUCGGAGUCAAAAGCUGAUGUGUGUCUGUCACCAUGAAAAACCAGCAACAUGUUUCCAUCGCUCAGCAGCUUCCUCCCGUCUGAGACGAGCUCAAACAUGUAGAGGAAAGAAAAACACCUCGAGCCAAAUGUGUCCUCCAGGAAAGAAAAAGGUUUCAUUAAACAUCUGUUUCAUUAAACAUCUGUUUCAUUAAACAUCUGGAUCAUUAAACAUCUGUUUCAUUAAACAUCUGUUUCCAUCUGCGUGUUUCACCUGAGAUCUUCAUCUCUGCUGCUGAAACGAGGAAACACUGAAAAUCAUUGACUAAAGUUGUUUCAGUCACUUUUCAACAAAUUGUAAAAGGAAAUAAACGAAUUGAGAAUAUCUGGGUUUUGGAUCUGAAGGAAUCGGAGAUCGUCUCCGGAUCUGGAAAAUGUUUCUGAUGUGAUUAAAUCAAGUCGACGACUAAUGAAUCAAAAACAAUCCAUAGAUUAACUGAGGAAUUCAUUGAAUAAUAAUUUUGUCUGACGUUUUGACUUCAUUUUCUAAUGUUUGUCAUGUUUGUCGAGACACUUUCUGUUCAUCUUGUUUUCAUGUCUCUGUUGGUGUCGAGCAGUAAAAGGACGUGACCUCUGA